AUGGCGCUGUCGUCAGCCGCGACACCCACGCAAGACGCGGCCGCGUUCAACGCCGUGCGCAUACCCCCGCUGGAGACGCAGCUCGGCUCGCGUGUUGAGCACGUAGUCAUACAGCAGGGCGGCCGGCUGAGUCAUGUCCUGGCCCAGCACCUGCAGCUGCCGCAGCAGCUGUUCCUUGAGCUCAUGCGAUUCGGCGCCGUGUACUACGCGCCCGUCAUGCCGAAGCCCGCCGAAAAGGCGCCAAUGAGCGAGCAGCAGUUGCAGGCGGCGCGGGCAGCUCGCAUUGCUGGAAUGCAGCUCCUCAUUCCCCAGUCCUCCCAAGGCCCCGCCCUCCUCCUCUCCCUCCAGGCAUGGGGACCCUCCCCCAAGCUGCAGGUGCCGCGCAGGGUGCUGCUUGAUCAAGAAGUCACGCCUGGCGGUUACGCGCGCGUCCACCUGCAGCCCAAGCGGUUUCCGGUCGCAUACAGGGUUGACUGGCGGGCGCGCAUGCUCCAUGUCGGACCCCACUGUGUCGUGGUGGACAAGCCUCCAGGGCUGCAGGUGCCACCGACGGUUGACAACGUCCUCGAGAGCGUCCCCGCCCGAACGGCGGCCGCGCUCGGGCUGCCGCCCGGCUGCCUGCACGGGCUGCACCGGCUGGAUGCCGGCACGUCGGGCGUGGUGGUGCUGGGGCGGGGCGACCUGGGGUUCACUCAUUGGUUCACCAAGAUGAUGGGCGAGAAGGGCGGGGUGGAUGAGAGCGCCGCAGCCGCUGCCUCGGCCGCUGCGGCCAAGGCGGAGCGCAAGGCGGAGCGGCUAGCGCUGAAGGCGAGGCGCCGCGCCGGCGCCGCGGCCGCCGGCGGCGGCGGCGAGGGCGGCGGGCAAGGCGGCGGGCCAGUGGGCGCGGGCGAGCGGGGCAGCGGCCGGGAAGACGCCGGCCGUGGCGGCACGGAGACGGGCCAGGGCCUCGGCAGCAGCGACGGCGGCGCCGCGGUCGUCGCUGCCACCGACGCCGCAGCGGCGCCGAGCGUACGCGUGCGGAAGAUAUACCGCGCCGUCACGCUGGCGCGGCCGCCGCUGGGCGUGCUGGUGCACCACGCGCUCACCAACGCGCACGCGCCCGGGGAGCCGCCGCACACAGUCAUGCGCAGGGCGGCGACAGAGGGGUCGGCGCGGUGCGAGAUGGAGGUGCUGGAGGUGCGCGAGAUUGCUCUGAGCGGCCCCGCCGCGGCGGAGCACGGGGCGGCGGCGUUUGAGUGCGACAUCCGGCUCGUGACGGGGCGCACCCACCAGAUACGCGCGCAGCUGGCGGCAGAGGGCUGCCCGUUGCUAGGGGACCUGCUGUAUCAGGCGGUCGCGCGGAGGCAGCGGCAGCUGCAGGAAGAGGAGGCGCAGCAGCAGCAACAGCAGCAGCAGCAGCAGCAGCAGCAGCAGCAGCAGCAGCAGCAGCAGGCAGAGGGGGUUGUUGUCGAGGAGACUGCCAGCAGCGGCACAGAGGUGCCGCCCGUGGGCGACUCGGCUCCGUUUAUUGUGGGGGAUGACGCUGCCGCCUGGAGCCGCGCGGCCCAGGCGGACCCACUGCGGCCAAUCGGGCUGCAGGCGGCCAGGCUGGCCCUUUAUGACCCUGAGGGUCACAUGGGCGCGGGGCAGGGGCACAUGCGGGCCGACGGGUGGGUGGAGUUCGUUGCGGGCACGCCGUGGUGGCGGGCAGAGGGGGCCGAAGAGGGUGGCAGCAGCAGCAGCGGCGCAGGCGUUGCGCGCGGCAGCGACACUGGUGGUCCGCCUGUGUAA